AGACAAGCCCAAAGUGAAAGCCCGCCAGCGGAACAUGCCACAACGUUAGCAGAAGUCAAUGCACAUGAAAUGCUUGGACGACUUUUUUUCUUUCUCGACAAACAUUUAAGAGAAACUGGAGGAAACCCACCAUCUGAUUCAACUACAAGAUGGUUCUUUCAUCUUGUACAAGCCGACGAGAAUCGAUGGGCAGCUGAACGAAAGUGGCCAUAUCGUUGUUACAACGUUGAAACUGUGCGGGCACUUGAUCAUUUCUUGGUUGAUGCGAUGAAGUCGAUUAGUCAAAAUGCGAUCCAAGAUAAGCUGGAAUCAGCCAUGCUUGCAUACAGCAUUUUUAUGAGCUUACCUCAAUUUACAAUGUACGUGCAAAACCUUGAAAAAUCGCCACUCCAUCAACUUUGCCCUUUGGUUCAUUCGAGUGAGAAUUUUGAAACAGAUGUGGCUUGGAUGACAAUGAUCAUGGAAGGUAUGUUCCCGAUAGCGGAUACAGCUUGCCAACCACCAUACGAAAACCAGGUAUUCUGCAACCUGCCAGCUACUGUACAUGACCUUGAUACCAUGGUAGACGACUAUAAACGCGCAGGUUCAUCGGAAGAAAUGAAACUGUUUGCUUCCUUCUGGUUCCUAGCACCCGGCCUCUCAAAUAUCUGCGAUGACGCGUUUCGCUUGGAAUUUUCGGCAAACGUUUUAAAACCCCAUGCAAUAUCGGCUGUAGCUCGGUUGGAUGAGAUCACUAAGCUGUCUUCCACACGUGGAAAUGACCUGGAGAUGAUGCGGACAUUUAUCUACGACUAUGUCUUCAAUUAUUUCAGCCGAGGAUAUGCAGCCAGAGACGUGCAAUGGAGCGGGUUUGCCCAAACUCCAUUCCAUUACGCGGAACAUCCGAAAAGCAAAUACAACACAAUGACGGCACGCAAGAAGAUGCAUCCAAAAACGGAAAACGAUUUCCUGACAUGUUUCAGCACAUUCAUUGCCAUCCUCAGUGACAUGGAAACAGCUCUCGUUGAUAACGCAGAUAUAUCUGAAAUCCAUUCGUUAGCACGCACAGCUCUACUUUGGUUCCUACAUCCAGACUUUCAGCUAGAAUCCUUCCAGCACUAUGAUUCAUUUUUGGACGCUCUUUCAUACGAUAUGGAACACACUGAUUUGCUAGUAAAACUUGGGAAUGCUGUGAAAUAUUACCAGAACAGCAUUUGUAGGUCAAGUAACCUAAACAAACCUGUCAAGUUUUGCAAUCUUUAUGAUAUCCUACGUGAUGUACAGGUCUACGCCAUCACCCUAGAAGAGACGCCAACCAUAAAGAUCCUCAAUCCAUCCUCAGACUACAAAAAAAUCCUUGAACUUAGUACAAUGCGUUCUAUUCAGACAGAUAUUGCGGCGCUUGACGUUGGCCAGGAACAGCUAGAACAGUCUAUUUUUAACAUGAGAAGCUCGCUUGGAAAUCAUUUUUAUCAACUGGCAACGUUUGAUCAAGACAAAGCGGAGUACGAUGUCGGAUUCUUACAAGACAAGAUCAAUGAUUUUUCUGAGAGGAUAAAAAACACGAAAAUAAAGGAUGAUUUAAAGAAUCUUCUCUAUUACGCGAUAGGUUCCAAUACGGCUGAAAUGGCACAACUUACCACCCAACUAGCAGCAGCUCUUGCUGAAAAUAUGAAUCCGAUCGCAUGGCUUACUGGUGGAGGCGGGGUUCAAGAAGUACUUGACCAAGCAAACGCUCUUGCUAAAGCUGGAGUGGACACGGCUAAGUUGAUCGCCUUACACGAGCAAGUAUUCCCCAAAAUAACAGACAAAGCUAACCACCUUUCACGAGCCUUAGCUGCUAACUCGAAAGUUCACGACAAAUUGAAUGUCACGUUUCACGGAUUGAAAGAUAAGGAAUCUAUUGAUAUUGAUACUGUGCAAAGUAACUUUCUCAUUGAUUAUCAAGGUUACGAUCCAGGAUGGACUAACGGUGACAUAGCAGAGUAUACGGUGUUACUGAAAGGGGUGAUUGAAGAGUUAUGUGAUAUCUUAUACGCUGGUGGUACUGCAGCUUCCGCUGUGGUUCAAAUAGUUGGCGCAAGCAAGAUGGUUUGCCUGAACAUCAAAGCGAAUGCCGAUAUUCUCGAGGCAGUCUACCAAGAAAUGUACGACUUCCAGUACGAUUUCAUGGAAUCCAUGGCCAUAGCGGUUCGAGCACUUAUCACCAAACACAGUGCAAACACCGUCAGAACUGUACCAGAAGAAGAAGGCAAUCCAGAAGUGUAUCGUCUACUUCUCAAAUUGUACACUUAUCGCAUUAAGCUUCAAUCGAAACAUCACAUCUUGCUGGCUUUAAAGGAAGUGUGUAACGUUGAUGAAUACAAAAAUGGUGGUGUUCCGACCAGCAGAUGCAACAGAGCACUGGAGAGUCAAAUGUUCCCUGAUAUUGACCGUGUUAUUGGGCACACAGUUAACGAAUGUCCAUCCGACCAGACAAGUGAAUUUUAUGUUCGUUUUCCAGCCAGAUUAAAUCCAGACAAUGAUGCUUUGGAACCAGGAGUAUUAGAUCUCACAAAGAUUUACGCCGGAGAACUGACCCCUUUCAAAAUACCACACGGCACGUCACUGUCGUGGAUACAGAGAUAUGUCAGCUUUUCCGUGCCAUCACACCAGGAUGUGGCAUUAUAUGUGAACCGCUUUGAAAUAUUCCUUCCAGACCUGACAAAUAACGCACGACAAGACAUCACAGUAAAAGUCAAACAAGAUGGUUUGAUGAGCGUCGCCCCCGGUGGUAGUGUCAAGUAUGGAUUUUCUACACCAAAAGUGUUCAACCUUGUCUACGCUGAAAACAAAAGAAAAUGCGUGAAUGGUUUCGACGAGAGUCCAUAUCCAGAGCUUUGCCCACCUAAACCUUCGGACGUUUGCGUAGCAUCACAGGGAGUCAUAUCCGAAGACGAAAUUGCACCGCCACUUCACAGCAAUUGGUUGAUACAAUUUAUACUCCCCAGGGAUUUACCGAUGCCGAAACCUAGCUCGCAAGCACCGUUUUACCUGAGGGGCGUUCUUUCCAUUUGCUACAAAAAUCCAAAGAGUAUCGAUCUUAGUAAUCUGCCUCGCCCCAGCGUUAAUCAUGCUGGUUCAUCCGAGGAUAUGUGUUGUCCUGCAGGACAAUAUUGGUACAUCAGCGAGUAUUCCUCCAAUGUUCAGGGAUGCCACGAUUGCCCAGCGAGGUCACGUUCAAAAUUAGGAGGUCUGUAUUGCCACGAUAACUCGCAGCCAGAAGCGGCACAUCGUCACAAGAGAAAUUUCAAACACCACCAUGGUCACCAUCGUCAUCACCAUCAUAAAGAAAAGAGUCUUUGGGAUCGCGCAAUCAAGAAACACAAGACGCGAAGUAAAGCGGAUAAAAAUGGAGAGCAGAAAAAGAGAAGCCAGUGA